AUUUUUUUUUUCAUAUUACCACUUGCCCGAGAAUCUGUGGAAGCCGCACUUGUGGGGACCAGAUUGUCUGUUGAGACAAUUGGGGCUUUUUUAUUUUUGCAGACUCUUGCUGUGUUGUGGAGACUGCUAUCUUUCUUUGCUGAGCCAUCUGUUGGCGCCUUCUUUGAGUCAUGGUCAUCGAAAUUUGUUGCCAAUCUUGUCGCAUUUUUUCUUUUUAGUCAUGUGGUUGGGGGAUUUUGGUAUUACUUCGCAUCAAAUAGGGUAGAACGAUGUCUUGAAGAAGCCUGUGGCGAGCCUUGGUGCUUUGAUUAUAUAUCAUGUGAGCCUGCAAAUUAUAAUCCCAACUUCAGAAUUAAUCUAACGUUAUUGAGUAAGUGGAAGAACAACAAGAAUGCUACGGCUUGUUUUGGUCCAGAUGGUUACAACUAUGGAAUUUAUGUUCAGGCUGUCAGUCUGAUGGAAAAUUCUAAUAUGCCGGUGCGAUAUAUAUAUUCACUGUCUUGGGGUUUCCAGCAAAUAAGUACUCUGGCCGGAAAUCAAACUCCAUCUGUCUUCGUCGUUGAAGUGCUCUUCACUAUGUUUAUCACUGCUAUGGGUCUUCUGCUGUUUUCUUUUCUCAUUGGAAAUAUACAGAGGUUUCUCCAAGCUCGGGGAAGCAGGAGUUUUGAAAAUUCUCUAAGGGGCUCUGACAUUGAGCAAUGGAUGAGCCAUCGCCAAUUGCCAGACGAUCUUAAAGCAAAAAUCCGUGAAUCAGAACGAUAUAAUUGGCUGGCCACCAGAGGUCUGAAUGAAUUGAUGCUAUUAGAGAAUCUACCAGAAGACCUUCAAAGAGAUAUACGCCGACAUCUCUUUAAAUUUGAAAAUAAACUCCCCAUUGUUGCCUCAAUGGACGAGUCCAUCUUAGAUGCCAUCAGGGAAAGAAUGAAACACAACACAUAUAUUGAGGGAAGUAGAGUUUUAGUCCGUGGAGGUCUCAUGGAUAAGAUGGUUUACAUUGUUCAGGGGAAGCUUGAGAGUACUAGCGAAGGUGAGACUGUAGUUCCUUUGUCUGAGGGGGAUGUCUGCGGCGCAGAACUUAUUACAUUGUGCCUAGAGCAUUAUGUUCUGAAUAGAGAUGGAGAUAAAUUCAGAAUUCCAGCAGGGAAAUUGGUGAGCAAGAGGACGGUCCGAUGCUUAACAAAUGUAGAAGCAUUUACACUUAGAGCUGCAGACCUGGAGGAUGUCUUCAGUUUGUACUCUGGGCUUCUCAUACAAAAUCCUCUUGUUCAAGGUGCCAUUACCAAGGAAUCGCUUCAUCCAAAGAGUCUUUUGCGCAGUAGAUCAUAUUAAACUUGCACGAAGAUGUUAGAGUACACAUCUGUUCAUUUCAGACCAGCUACUGCAGCGACCUUGAAUGAUUUCUAGUGCAUCUUUUUAUUAUGUAAUUUUUAUUUCCACUUGCAAUGUGUUUCCUGUGCAGCUCUUUUUAUUUCUUGUGUAGGCUUUAUGUAUCCAGUGGUUGUUCUCCAAUCUCCAAGCUAAAGAAAACUGUUAUUUCUUUGGUGUGAAACUUGCACAUAUAUAAAACAGGCUUUCUCUUCAAAGAACAUCAUAU